AUGUCAGACCCAGAAGUGAAAGCUUCUGAUGAAUGUGCAAAAACAAACUCCAAUGAUUCAAAAUUGACACAUAUAAAAGAUAAUAAAAUCAUUCAAGAUUCAUUAGAAAAUAAAACUCUGAAUUCAUUCAACGUUUUUCAAAUCACAUUUCAAUUCAUUCAAAUCAAAAAUCUAAGUUUAAGUGAAAUUGCAGCUAACAAAGCAAGACCAGAUCAAAUUAAACAUUUAGAAACAGCUACAAGUAGAUUCUUGAAUCUUGAAUUAGAUCUUGUUCAAUUAGGAAUUGAAUCUUAUCAUUUUGAUUUUAGGAUUCCAAGUGAUAUUGGGCUUGAAGAUUUAAAGAAUGGUCUGACUAGAACACCUUUUCCUGCUUUAGAAACACUUCAAGAUGAUCCACUUAGAUUGUUAUGUUGUAUUAGGUUUUCAAGUCGAUAUGGUUUUCGAUUAGAUGAUCAAAUCAUUCAAGCUGCUCAAUGUGAUCAAAUCACUGUUAGGAUCUGCAUCCAAUUCUCACCCAACAGAAUCUAA